ACCAGCCAUGAUGUUCAGCCUGCAUUUCUGUGCACCGGAGGAGAGGUUAUCAUGAGCUUUCACAUGAUGAUUGCAAAUAGCGAACAGUAGAAGUGUUACAACAGAGGAUGAUGGCAGAGAUUCUGCGCGCCGCAUCAGUCUCUCUCGCUCUGUGAAUACACACGGUGAAUUGAAAGAGCCAUACGACAGGAAGUUUGUGUGUAUGUGUGUCUGUGCUGCUCAGUGGGAUGGUUUCAGAUCUCCCUAAGGUGCUGAUACUGGGGGCCAUCGCUGCGGCCUCUGCCUUUGUCGUCACCAUCCUCAUCGUACUGGUGUGUGUGGGGUGUCAGAGAAAAAGCAAAAGCAAACAUGCCCACACCAAUGGAGGGGGUCAGAAAACAGAAACAGCUGCUCUGCGCCAGUCCAAGCUGAACUCCAUGAGUAAAUCUGACACCCGCCUGCAUGAUAUGAACCGGCUGCCCUGCAAUGCCAAUGGCGCCCCUAAGAGCCGUCCGGCCAGCAUGGACCUCCUACUCCUGCACACCCGGCACUCCAACUCUGACCUCCGACCCCUGAGCUCCACCCACCAGGUCCCUCGAGUGUCCAACACCUCUGAGAAUGAGGGGCGUGAGCACACCUACUCCAAAGUUUGCCGUCGCCCGUCUCCCACGCCCCACCCUGCAGACGACGGCCUUUACGAGAGUGUUGGGAUUAAAGGGGUGGGACCUGAUGCAGCUGCCCCACCUCCUGCCCCUCUCCUCACAUCGACCACCACGUCCGCCCAGCACCACGCCCACAGCCCAACGCUCAGUGGGAACGGGCAAGGCAGAGGGGGCAUAAAUGGCGUAAGUCAGGAGGCGGUGACGGCAGAGUAUGCCUCCAUACGGAAGGUGAAGAAGCUGGAGCGUGGAAGAAGGGAGGAAGUGGUGGAAGACGAGAGGGAACAGCACAGUGUGUCCAGCACUGAGUCCUCCAGCAGCACCUUGCACAGGAAAACAGUGGAACCGUUUCACCUGCCAACUUUCCCAAAGGAGGCAGUGUUCAUGGGAAAUGGUGAGCAGUACAUUUGGAAACCACCAGAAGAGGAUGAAAUCAUGAUGCCAGGGGUCCCUCCACUGGAGAACGGACACAGCCAUCCCACUGCGGUUGAGAUCUCUGACAUGUACUCUACCGUUUGUAAGACCUUGAAGAGGAGACACCAACAGGCCCAAAGCCAAGAGGAUAACAGGCCGACAGGCUCUACUGCGUCUGAAGAGGUGGAGCGGGGCUCAGGGGGUGCCAUGGGCUGGCCCGCUGGUGGUGCUUCAGGGGAAGAAGCAUGGGGGAAGAGUCGAUCCCAGGAAGAGCACUGCUAUGAACCAGUGGGCGAGAAGACGUGGCCUCGGGGCCUGGCACUAGAGUCAGACCCGGCUUACGCCACCAUCGAUUCCCACCGGAAACGGGAGAAGCUGGCCAGCAACACGCUGAAGCCCAAAAAGAAGCCUGGCGGUCCGCCUCAGGGGCCAGGAAGAGCCAUGACCUGCGAGAACUUUUACGAGACUAUCGGUGACGUGAAGCAAGGGGCAAAUGCAGCGAGCACCACCACUAUCUUUACCUUUAAUGACGGAAUGGAAAUGUAUGUUACAGGGCUAUAAAAACCCUCAGUAAAACAGUCAAAUUAAACACCUACAGAGGGGACAAGAACAAACUACAGCCUACUUGUUUAGACAGAUGAAAAGAUACAGCGUACAGCUGCCAAACACAUGUCAAAAUACAUCCCUGAUGAAAAAACAAUGGUAUAAAACCAGCCUUAACUGGUUAGCUGGUCUUAGCUGGUCUCUCAGCCUGAUCAGGUUGCUCUGUUGACUGGUUUUUAAUAUGUUUCAAGCAAUUUUCAGCUUGUCAGAAUGAGAGACCAGUUUGUUCCAGCUUAGAAAUCUAGCAAACUAGCUUAGGCUUUUCAGCAGGGAUACAUCUCAAAUACCAUAACCGAUGUAUAUUUAUUGUCACCAUUGGUGAGCACAAACAAUUGCAACACUUGCGUGGAAAAAAACACUGAAUUGGCUGAACCAGGCCUGCAGACGUGCAGGCAUGCUCACAAAAUCUAGGGAUCUAAACUGUUUUUUCCACCACGCUGCAGUCACUAAUGAAAGGGUUAGUUUGCAGCAGGGUAAAAAUCAAAACCACUGUAAGACUCAUUAUGGGCCGUUCACACGGGAGGCGUUCUUGCAUUCCAUUUGCGCUAUGUAUUAAUUGUUGGUAUAAUUAAACAUGUGCUAGAUCAGUGUUUCCCAAUCCUGAGCAGUGUUUCCCAAUCCUGAAUUUGCAUACUUUCAGAGUAUGUACUGAUUUUGAAGGAGAACAUACUUCUCUGCUGUUAAAAAGUAUGUUAUUCAGGUAUGCAAGUGAGUAGUAUGAAUACAUUCCCAGAUAUACUUCAUACAGGAAUGUUGGCAUUGUCCCGUGACCCGGUCUUGAUAAACAAGUACAAUUUAACCACAAGGAACAACUUUCUUUGUAUAUAUAGCACUUACAGUGGAAAAGAGCCGUCCGAC